GUCUCUAGAAGCUCCUUGGAAAGAAGUGGGCAGUCCUUCCUGAGUUAUCCUGGCGCCUCAGCUUAGCCCCAGCAACCUGGCUCCUCCUCCCCGUCCGUAUCCCCAUUAUCUCUCUCCCUUCCCCACCCAUCCAGCUGAACUGGUUGUAGGCCAAGACUCUUCUCCCUCCUUCCUCCUCCUCUUAGCUACUCACUAAGCAGCCCCUAUUUCUUUUUAUCCUGUGGCCAGAGACACUCAGCACAUAUCCUCUCCACAGCUGUGGGGAAGGGUCCUCCUAAUUCCACAAGAUCUUGCGCAGUGCGCUGAAGAAGGAGCCGGGGUGGGGGAGCGCUUCAGGUGAAGUGUUCUCAACGCUCCAUCAUGGAAGAGGGCUUCCGAGACCGGGCAGCUUUCAUCCGCGGGGCCAAAGACAUCGCCAAGGAAGUCAAGAAGCAUGCAGCCAAGAAGGUGGGGAAGGGCCUGGACAGAGUCCAGGAUGAAUAUUCCCGAAGAUCCUACUCCCGCUUCGAAGAGGAUGAUGAUGAUGAUGAUUACCCUGCCCCCGCAGAUGGCUAUUACCGUGGGGAAGGGGCCCAGGAUGAAGAGGAAGGUGGUGCAUCCAGCGACGCCACUGAGGGCCAUGAUGAGGAUGAUGAGAUAUACGAGGGGGAAUAUCAGGGCAUCCCCAGGGCAGAGUCAGGGAGCAAAGGCGAGCGGAUGGCAGAUGGGGCACCCUUGGCUGGGGUGAGAGGUGGUGUCGGUGAUGGGGAGGGUCCCCCUGGAGGCCGGGGGGAAGCCCAGCUUCGGAAAGAGCGAGAAGAACUGGCCCAGCAGUACGAGACCAUCCUACGGGAGUGUGGCCACGGCCGCUUUCAGUGGACUCUCUAUUUCGUGCUUGGCCUGGCGCUGAUGGCUGACGGUGUCGAGGUCUUCGUGGUGGGCUUUGUGCUGCCCAGCGCUGAGAAGGACAUGUGCCUCUCUGACUCCAACAAGGGCAUGCUAGGCCUCAUCGUCUACCUGGGCAUGAUGGUGGGAGCCUUCCUCUGGGGGGGUCUGGCUGACCGGCUAGGUCGGAGACAGUGUCUACUCAUCUCUCUCUCCGUCAACAGCGUCUUCGCCUUUUUCUCAUCUUUCGUCCAGGGUUACGGCACUUUCCUCUUCUGCCGCCUCCUUUCUGGUGUUGGGAUUGGAGGGUCCAUCCCCAUUGUCUUCUCCUAUUUCUCGGAGUUCUUGGCGCAGGAGAAGCGCGGGGAGCACUUGAGCUGGCUCUGCAUGUUCUGGAUGAUCGGGGGCGUGUAUGCUGCAGCCAUGGCCUGGGCCAUCAUCCCCCACUAUGGGUGGAGUUUUCAGAUGGGUUCUGCUUACCAGUUCCACAGCUGGAGGGUCUUUGUCCUCGUCUGCGCCUUCCCGUCAGUGUUUGCCAUUGGAGCUCUGACCACGCAGCCUGAGAGCCCCCGCUUCUUCCUGGAGAAUGGGAAGCACGAUGAGGCCUGGAUGGUGCUGAAGCAAGUUCACGACACCAACAUGCGAGCCAAGGGGCAUCCUGAGCGAGUGUUCUCAGUAACCCACAUUAAGACAAUUCAUCAGGAAGACGAGCUGAUUGAGAUCCAGUCAGACACAGGAACCUGGUACCAGCGCUGGGGAGUCCGGGCCUUGAGUUUGGGAGGGCAGGUUUGGGGGAACUUUCUCUCCUGUUUUGGUCCAGAAUAUCGACGCAUCACCCUGAUGAUGAUGGGUGUGUGGUUCACCAUGUCGUUCAGCUACUACGGCCUGACCGUCUGGUUUCCGGACAUGAUCCGCCAUCUCCAGGCGGUAGAUUACGCCUCCCGCACCAAAGUGUUCACGGGGGAGCGCGUGGAGCACGUGACUUUUAACUUCACGCUGGAGAAUCAGAUCCACCGAGGGGGGCAGUACUUCAAUGACAAGUUCAUCGGGCUGCGCCUGAAGGCGGUGUCCUUCGAGGAUUCCCUGUUUGAGGAGUGUUAUUUCGAGGACGUCACAUCCAGCAACACGUUUUUCCGGAACUGCACGUUCAUCAACACCGUGUUCUACAACACGGACCUGUUUGAGUACAAGUUUGUGAACAGCCGGCUGGUGAACAGCACGUUCCUGCACAGCAAGGAGGGCUGCCCGCUCGAUGUAACAGGGACUGGUGAGGGGGCCUAUAUGGUGUACUUCGUCAGCUUCUUGGGGACCCUGGCUGUGCUUCCUGGGAAUAUUGUUUCCGCCCUGCUGAUGGACAAGAUUGGAAGACUGCGCAUGCUCGCUGGCUCCAGCGUGAUGUCCUGCGUGUCCUGCUUCUUCCUGUCUUUUGGGAACAGCGAGUCAGCCAUGAUCGCUCUGCUCUGCCUUUUCGGAGGGGUCAGCAUUGCAUCUUGGAACGCGCUGGACGUGUUGACUGUCGAACUCUACCCCUCGGACAAGAGGACCACGGCCUUCGGCUUCCUGAACGCCCUGUGCAAGCUGGCAGCUGUGCUGGGAAUCAGCAUCUUCACAUCCUUUGUGGGAAUCACCAAGGCCGCCCCCAUCCUCUUUGCCUCGGCUGCUCUUGCCCUUGGCAGUUCUCUAGCCCUGAAACUGCCCGAGACCCGGGGGCAGGUGCUGCAGUGAGGAGGUCUCCGGGGCUUCCGGGGGUGGCAGGCACACUGUGAGACCAACAGCUCCUCUUUCCCCUGCCCUGCCAUCCUGGCCCCUAGAGCCCUUACCCCACACCCCAACUCCCUGUGUUUGGUGUCUUAGCUGUGUGUGUGUGUGCGCGUGUGCAUGUGUGUGACCCUCAUGGGCAGGGACUAUAGGAAGGCUCCUUCAACCCAGUUUGGGGAUGGAGCCCUAUUCCCCACCCUUGACUUUGCACAAGAGGCUUGGUCCUGCCCUUCACCCCCCAGUGUUAUUGAGGGGCCCCUGCUCUUCCCUGUUCCAGGGGCCCCACAAAAGGCUUCCUGCUCCUUUCCUAGGCUCCGGCUGCCUGACAAGAAAAGCAAAAGGCCCCGGAGAAACCCUGGGGUGUGUGGUUAUGCCGGGGUUGGGGCUUGGCACGGACCAUGGACCAAAAGAACUUCUUAAGCAUUGGACGGGCCUUGGGUGUGCCCUCUCACACCUCCCAUUGGACGCUGGGGGAGUAGCAAUAAACCUUAGCCCCCUGGCCUCCACAUCCCCCUCAAUUUGGGCUCCAGUUAUGAACCCUAAAUCUACUGAAGUCAGCUCUUAUUUAUUUAUAUCUCGAGUUCUGAGGCAGCUCAGCAGGACUGUGUGUGUGUGAAUGUGUGUGCCUGUGUGUGUGCGCGCCGUGGGGAGGGGGUGUCAUUAUGUUGUCCCAAAACGUAAGCCAAGGUAAUUUCAAUGGACACACACACAACCCUGCCUCCCACAGUACCUCUCUUUAUCUUGUUUCUGUAUGGGGCCCCCGGCGGAUGAGCCCUAGGUGGGUCCGGGAUGACAGUCCCGUCGUCUAGGGAGACCCAAGGCCACUGGACAAGAUCCAACUCUCUCCUUCCCCUCUAGAAACAGGCCUCCUCUAGAGUGAGCAGCUCCACGCACAACAGCACAGACUGGAACCACACAGCUACCCUCCGGUCCUGAGGCCGCAGGUGUGCGGGAAGGAAGGCACCGGACAGGCCAAACCAGCAGAGCAAAAAGCACAAGGAGCUGGGGCAGGGGCAAGAUGCAGGGGCCCUCUUGGCAGCUCUUCGAAAGUGGGAAGAGUUUGGGUAGGGAGAGACCCCGGAUGCAGGGACCAGAAGCCUGUUUCCCUAUCUUGCCCUUCCACACAACAGCCCUGCAGGUUAAGCCGUCGCCCACCCCACCCCACCCCACCCUUCCUCUCUGGCUGCUUUCUCCGGUGCCCUCCUCACUGUAGCUGUGAUGUGUUGUAGUUGUUAGCUGUUUGUAAAAUGUUACCAAGAAGUGAAAAGGAAAAAAGUGAAAAACAACAAAAAAGAAAUCCCAAAGUCACUCUCCUGCUGUUGUGUCUGGUGCCCCCCUCCCCACUCCCGCGGCUGCUCUCCCCAUUUUGUGACACUGAACCAGGUGGUGACUGUUGGAUUCUGUGGUGUCUGUGCUCCAAGGACUGCCUUCUCCUACAGUGCCCAGUGUUGGAGUGUGAACCCUCUGCCCUCCCCCUCCACCUGCUGGACGCAGCCCUCGACCCUGCACCCCUGGGAGAGACCCAUCCUUCUCCCUUGCUCUCCUCGGGAACCCUAAAUCCAACUCUGUUGAUGUGAAAAACAAAAAAACCAUGAAAUGGAAAAUGAUGAAAAAUAAAAAGGAAACAACUCCAUAAAAAUCUCAA